AUGCUGAAUAAGGUAUUGUCUGAGGAGCAAUUGAACCAAUUGCAUCCAAAGAACUAUGUUGAUGUGCUUGAUGAAGAGCAGCUAUCUAAACAUUGGGAAACAGGAAAGCAUGUCGCUUCGUUCUUGGCGCUAGGUUGGUUUGGAGGAGUUGUGAUCCGAAAAGUGUCUGCACCCUUCGUCAUCCUCCUUGGCUCUACACUUGUCGGAUUUCACUAUUUAAGGUCACAGAAGAUUGUGGACCUCAAUUGGAACACCAUAAAAGAAGCUGUUAAACCUGAUACGGUCGAGAACGUCACGAACACAGUGAAGGAACAAAUCUCUGGAGAUCUCGUAGGCACGGUCGGUCUUGCAGUGGGUCUAUAUUUGGGCCUCAAGAAGGCGCGCCGUUGA